CAUCUCCUUCCCUCUUCCCACCAGCGAGACAGACACAAGAGGGAGAGAAAGGGGCAAGCUGCCCGCCGCCGCCGCCGCCGACGCGAUGGCUCGUCUGUUCCGCGAAUCGCGCCGCGACUCCGCCGCCUCCUCCUCCUCCAACGGCUUCGCCGCCCCGGCCGCCGCCACCGCCGAGGCGCUCCCGUCGCCGUUCCCUGACCUCGGCGUGCCCCUGUCCGCGGCGGACCUCCGCGAGGCCGCCUAUGAGGUCCUCGUCGCCGCUUCCCGCACGACGGGCGGCAGGCCCCUCACGUACAUCCCCCAGGUGGGUCCGGCCUCGCCCGCCUCCGUCUCCUCGGCGUCCUCAGCCAACAGCUCCUCCCCGUCGCUCCAGCGCUCGCUCACCUCGGCUGCCGCCAGCAAGAUGAAGAAGGCGCUCGGGCUCAAGUCCUCCGCCUCGUCCAAGGGAGGCAGCCCGGGAAGCGGCGGCGGGGCCAAGGCGACCCCGCGCCGUCCGGCGACGGUCGGGGAACUGAUGCGGGUGCAGAUGCGCGUGUCGGAGACCGCCGACGCCAGGAUCCGUAGAGGCCUUCUCCGCAUCGCCGCCGGCCAGCUUGGUAGGCGUGCAGAAGCUAUGGUUUUACCUUUGGAGUUCCUGCAACAGUUCAAGGCAUCCGAUUUCCCUGAUCCCCAAGAGCAUGAGGCAUGGCAGGGUAGGAACUUGAAGCUUAUUGAGGCUGGUUUGCUUGUUCACCCAUUUGUUCCACUGAACAAAUCAGACAGUUCUGCACAGCGGCUGAGGCAAAUCAUCUGUGCAGCAUAUGAUAGGCCACUUGAAACUGGGAAAAAUUCUGAGUCAAUGCAGGUCCUACGCACUGCUGUCAUGUCCCUUGCUGGAAGAUCUCAUGAUGGAACUUCUGAUGGAUGCCACUGGGCAGAUGGUUUCCCCUUGAAUCUCCAUCUUUACCAAAUGUUGGUAGAAGCUUGUUUUGAUAAUGAUGAUGGCACUGUGGUUGAUGAGAUUGAUGAAGUGAUGGAGCUCUUGAAGAAGACCUGGGUUAUUCUUGGAAUUAACCAGAUGCUUCAUAAUCUUUGUUUUGCUUGGGCAUUGUUCAAUCAUUUUGUUAUGUCAGGCCAAGUAGAUAUAGAGCUGCUUUCUGCUGCGGAGAAUCAGUUAGUUGAAGUUGCAAAGGAUGCCAAAACCUCCAAGGAUCCUAAUUACUGUAAAGUAUUGAGUUCAACAUUAAGCUCGAUAAUGGGUUGGACAGAAAAAAGACUCUUGGCUUACCAUGAAACAUUCAAUACAAGUAACAUUGAAUCCAUGCAAGGUAUUGUGUCAAUUGGUGUCUCAGCCGCAAGGGUGCUUGUUGAAGAUAUAUCACAUGAAUACCGUCGUAGGAGGAAAGAAGAGACAGAUGUAGCUCGCACUAGGAUAGAGACAUAUGUCAGGUCCUCACUCCGUACAGCUUUUGCUCAAAGAAUGGAAGAAGCAGAUUCAAAGCGCUCGUCGCGGAACCCUACCCCUGUUCUGUCUAUCCUUGCAAAGGACAUUGGUGACUUAGCAAUUAAGGAGAAAAAUCUGUACAGUCCAGUAUUGAAGACGUGGCAUCCCCUUGCUUCAGGUGUUGCUGUUGCAACCCUUCAUUCAUGUUUCGGAAAUGAGCUGAAGCAAUUUAUAGCUGGGCUUACAGAUCUAACCCCAGACACAGUUCAAGUGCUUAAGUCUGCAGACAAAUUAGAGAAGGAUCUUGUUAAUAUUGCUGUUGAAGAUUCUGUGGAUAGUGAUGAUGGAGGGAAGUCGUUGAUCAGAGAGAUGCCACCAUAUGAAGCUGAAAACGCGAUUGCUAAUCUAGUGAAAGGGUGGAUAAAAGAAAGAGUGGAUAGACUCAAGGGAUGGGUUGACCGAAAUUUGAAGCAAGAGACUUGGAAUCCAGGUGCCAACAGAGAUAAUUUUGCUCCCUCUUCUGUGGAGAUGCUUAGGAUUAUUGGUGAAACACUAGAUGCCUUUUUCGAGUUGCCCAUACCAAUGCAUCCAGCUCUUCUUCCUGAUCUGACUGCAGGUCUGGAUAGAAGCCUACAGCUUUAUGUGUCUAAAGCAAAAUCUGGCUGCGGAGCACGAAAUUCUUUUAUGCCCCAGUUACCUCCAUUAACACGAUGUGAGGUUGGCUCCAAACUAUUAUUCAAGAAAAAGGAGAAGCCACAGAAUCCACAGCUUCGAGUAUCACAAAAUGGAGCAACCAAUGGAACUGAUCCCUUGGGCCUUCCUCAACUGUGUGUACGCUUGAAUACAUUCCAGUACAUCCGGAGUGAGCUGGAGAACCUAGAGAAGAAGAUUAAAACAUGCUUGCGAAAUGUUGAGUCAGCUCAGGCAGAUAUCACUGAUGGAUUGGAUGUCAAGUUUGAACUCUGUCAGGCAGCCUGUCAAGAAGGCAUACAGCACUUAUGUGAGACGACUGCUUACAAGGUCACUUUUUACGACUUGGGUCAUAUUCUGUGGGACACCCUUUAUGUUGGUGUCACUGCAUCAAGCAGAGUGGAGUUACUGUUGAGAGAGCUCGAUCCUAUCCUUGAGACAAUUUCUGGUAUGGUACACAUCAAAGUGCGGAACCGUGCUAUAACCGCAUUGAUGAAAGCCACCUUUGACGGUUUCUUGCUAGUGCUUCUUGCUGGUGGGCCUUUGCGUGCUUUUACCCGCCAGGACUCUCAGAUAAUAGAGGAUGACUUCAGGUCCCUCAGAGAUCUCUUUUUGGCAGAUGGUGAUGGUUUGCCAGAGGAAUUGGUCGAUAAGGCGUCCUCCCAGGUCAAGAAUGUCCUGCCCCUUCUAAGGACAGACUCGGAAGGCCUCAUUGAGCGAUACAAACGCAUGAUGGCUGAGUCAAAUCGAUCUGCCUCCAGGAGCAAGUUACCAUUGCCACCGACUACAGGGAACUGGAGCCCAAAUGAACCGAACACGGUCUUGCGAGUUCUAUGCUACCGGCAUGACGAGACAGCAACAAAGUUCCUCAAGAAAACCUAUAAUUUGCCCAAGAAGCUUUGAUUCAUGGAUAACUCAUUCACUGUACAUUUUCAACUGCCGCUAUCAUGAAAUUUGCUCAGGAUUCCAUUAGAGCCUGUGGCAUGAUCGACCCUGUGAGGAACACCAUUGUAAAGGUCAGCGAGAGAGGAAGGUGUUACUUGUGCUCUUUGGUUUUCUUUUCUUCCUUCCUUUUUCUAUUUGUUGUUGAUUAUUAUAUUAUUACACAUGUUUGCCUGAUAUAGUUCUUUUGCUGACCUUUUGCCUUCGCGCCGUUGCGUGUGUAACAGAUAUAUCAUGAUUCGUUCUAGUAGUUUGCAACAGGUAUAUCCAUCUUGUGAAUAAGUCUUGUAUUUUAUAUUGGCACGGUGCUGUUUAGUGCAUUCUGACUUGUAUUUUUGUCACUC